CUCGGGACAAGAUGGCGGCGGCGGCGGGGUCCGAAGAGCGCGAGCAGAAGCCUCCGGGGCGAGUGUGAAGAGGGGUCCCGGGGUCCCGGGUAUCUCCGGGCCGGGGCCCCGCUGCGGAACGGACCAUGCUACGUUCUACCGGUUUCUUCCGCUCCAUCGACUGCCCAUACUGGGCGGGAGCUCCCGGGGGGCCUUGCCGGCGCCCUUACUGCCACUUCCGGCACCGAGGAGCUCGGGGUCCCGGCGCUCCCGGUAGCGGCGGCACAGCGUCUCCCGCAGCAGGGCUUGGUUAUGACCCGUACAACCCGGAGCUGCCUCAGCCUCCUGUGCAGACGGAGAACGGCGCUCUGGGUCAGGGUGGCGGCAUGCUGGAGCUGGAACUGGUCAACCAGGCCAUCGAGGCCGUGCGCGGGGAGGUGGAGCUGGAGCAGAGGCGCUACCAGGAGCUCCUGGAGACCGCGCGGGGGCACAGUGCUGGGGCUUCAGCCCUGGCACCUUGCAGCCCUGCCACAAGCAUGGAUGACGGUGACGCCUUCUCAUUGGCUCUAACUUACACUCCAGGUGGCCUGCUGAGUCCGGACGCUGCCUACCAGCCCACCCCACUGGCUGUCCCUGCUGAGCCAGGGCACAAGUACUCACUGGUCCCUUCAGACGGGGGUCAGGGCAGAGCUGCAGGAGCUGCUGGUGCCCUGGAGUACGUCCCGAAGGCGGUGGGCCAGCCGCGCCGCUGUGGCCGCCCUGUGUCUGGUGGCAAGUACGUGGUGGAUAGCUCAAGACCAUCGACAGAUCUAGAGUAUGACCCCCUGUCCAACUACUCGGCCCGGCACCUCGGCAGGGCCACCAAGCGGCCACGGGGCUCCAGGGGGGCUGAGCCAUACACACCUGCCCUCAAGAAGCCCUGUGACCCCUUUGGUGGCUGUGAGGCCCGGUUCUCAGACUCAGAAGAUGACGUGGCCAGCCCCCCUAAGGCUGACAUUAGGAGCCCUGAGGCAGGGGCUGACCCUGAAAGCAAAGCACCUGGGAAGCCUGUCUCCAAGGAGGGCACAGAGCAUGAGGAGGCUGGCCUUCGGGGCACCAAGGAGAUGGCUAUACAGUGUGAUGUGGAAGACCUCGAGCAGCCUCCCACGGCGCCAGAUGCAGUGUCCUUGGUCAAGCCCAGCUCCCCAGCUAGAGCCUCUCAAGAUGCUGGGAUCCCCAAGGAGGGCAAGGCCAAGAAGAAGAAAAGUGGGGCCCCAGCCAGCCUCAGCCAGAAAAGUGGGGCCCCAGCCAGCCUCAGCCAGAAAAGUGGGGCCCCAGCCAGCCUCAGCCACAAGGGCAAGAAAGACAAAAAGAAAGAGAAGGACCCAGCCAGGCCCCGAGGGAAGGAAAAGGUGUGUGCAGACCGGAGGAAGCUGUCUGCCAGUAGCCCCCGGGGCAAGGCCCAGGGGCCUGAAGGGACCAAGAAAAAGCCAUCUUCUGCCACCGUCUCAGCCAGCUCAGGGAAAGGGGGGCCGGGCUGCUCCUCCAGCAUGGGGCCCCAGGACUCUGGGCCCGGUCCCCGUGCACCACUGGCCUGGAAAGGUGGCAGUGCAAAGAAGAUGCCAUCGGGGAAGUUGGUGGAACGCAAGGCCCGCUCCCUGGACGAAGGAGCCCCCCAGGACACCCCUAAGCUCAAGAAACGGGCCCUGAGCCAUGCUGAACUAUUUGGGGAUGAGAGUGAGGAGGAGGACUCAGGCCUGGGAGCAGGAGCGCCCCGGGUGUGGCCCCCGACCCUGCCCAGCCUUAGCUCAGACUCAGAGUCAGACUCCGACUCCAGCCUGGGCCUGGGUGAGACAAAGGUGCCCAAGCGUCUCAAGGCCGCACCGCCCUCGUCCCCCGCACCGCCCUCCCCAUUCUCCUCCUCCUCCUCCUCCUCCUCCUCCUCACCCUCGGGAGCCAGCCAGUGUGCAGAGGAGGGUGUGGACUACUCGGCCCUGGAGAAGGAGGUAGACUUCGAUGUGGACCCUAUGGAGGAGUGCCUGCGCAUCUUCAACGAGUCCACCAGUGUGAAGACAGAGGACAAGGGCCGGCUGGCCCGGCAGCCACCCAAGGAGAAGGCGCAUGCGAGCCUGACCACUCUGUUCCCAGGGCAGAAGAGGAGGGUCUCACACCUGUGCAAGCCAGGAAAGGAGGCAGAGGCCCCAAAGAGGACCCCCGUGGCUACCCCUGCAAGGCCCCCAACUGCUCAGGAGGUGUGCUACCGGCGAGCGCAGCAGGCACAGAGAGGCGCCGCUAGUUGGCUACAGGCUGCCCCGCGGCCAACUGAGAGGCUUUCCUCUGUGCACAUCUCAGCACCAGGGGAAAAGAGGAGGAUUGCUCACGUUCCCAACCCCCGACUGGCUGCCACCCCCACAGGUGCCAAGAGGGCGCUCCCUGCCAGCAGCAGCCAGGUGUCCCACGGCCCCGAACCUGGCAGCCAGCCACUGAAGACACGCACAUUAUCAGGGAUGGCAUCUAAGACAACCACCACCGUCACCCCCAAGCGCAUGGCCCACAGCCCAUCACUCCAGAGUCUAAAGAAGCCCGUUAUCCCAAAAGAAUUUGGCGGCAAGGUCCCCACUGUGGUCCGCCAGCGCUAUCUCAACCUGUUCAUUGAGGAAUGUCUCAAGUUCUGUCCGUCCAACCAGGAGGCCAUCGAGAAGGCCCUGAACGAGGAGAAGGUGGCAUAUGACCGCAGUCCCAGCAAGAACAUAUACCUGAACGUGGCCGUGAACACUCUGAAGAAGCUAAGGGGCCUGGUCCCCAGCACCGUGCCCAGCCUCAGCAAAGCGAGUGGCCGCAGGGUUGUGUCCCAUGAGGUUGUACUGGGGGGCAAAUUGGCAGCUAAAACCAGCUUCUCCCUGAGCCGCCCCAGCAGCCCGCGGGUGGAGGAGCUAAAAGGGACUGCCCUGUACAGCCGCCUCAGGGAAUACCUGCUCACUCAGGAGCAGCUGAAGGAGAAUGGCUACCCCUUCCCCCACCCAGAGCGCCCAGGGGGCGCAGUCAUCUUCACAGCUGAGGAGAAGAAGCCCAAGGACCCCUCCUGCAGAAUCUGCUGCCGCUGUGGCACCGAGUACCUUGUGUCCUCCUCAGGCCGCUGUGUGCGCACCGAGGAGUGUUACUACCACUGGGGGCGGCUACGGCGGAAUCGAGUGGCUGGGGGCUGGGAGACCCAGUACAUGUGCUGCUCGGCUGCUGUCGGCUCUGUGGGCUGUCAGGUCGCCAAGCAACAUGUGCAGGACGGCCGGAAGGAGAACCUAGAGGGCUUUGUGCGCACCUUCCAGAAGGAGCUGCCUGAAGACGCCCACGCUGGGGUCUUUGCCCUUGACUGUGAGAUGUCCUACACUACAUAUGGCCUGGAGCUGACCCGAGUCACAGUCGUGGACACAGACAUGCAGGUCGUGUAUGACACCUUUGUCAAGCCUGACAAUGAAGUUGUCGACUACAACACCAGGUUCUCAGGGGUGACCGAGGCCGACCUUGUGGACACGAGCAUCACUCUGCGGGACGUGCAGGCCGUCCUGCUGAGCAUGUUCAGUGCCGACACCAUCCUCAUUGGACACAGCCUGGAGAGCGACCUGCUGGCUCUCAAGGUCAUCCACGGCACAGUGGUGGACACGUCUGUGCUGUUCCCACACCGCCUGGGCCUGCCCUACAAACGCUCCCUGCGGAACCUCAUGGCUGACUACCUCAGACAGAUCAUCCAAGACAAUGUGGAUGGGCACAGCUCCAGCGAGGAUGCCAGUGCCUGUAUGCACCUUGUCAUCUGGAAGAUCCGAGAAGACGCCAAGACCAAGCGAUGACUCCACCCAACAUUACCACGCCAUCCCCUUCUUCCAACCCUGGCCGCCCUCGGCCCCAUCCCUCAGCCCCGAUGUCCUCGGCCCCUUUUCAAACUGUGUAAUAAAACAUGACAGCUGACCAUGCGCCUCCCCCCCGCCCCCCAGAUCGCGCUGCAGGUCUGCACUGAGCGGCCCAGAGCCGGGGCUCAGACCAACCCUCAGCCCAGCCCCCACACCCAUCCAACGUGUCACCACCUCCUUCCCCAGUCCUGGAGCCUGCUGCUGCCCAGGGCAGAGCUGGCCUAGCCUCUGUGCCCCAGUCAGGCGCCCCCACCCCUACCCCCAGCUCACUGCUCCAGACAGUGGGCUCUGCCUUCUGCUCCUUUGUAUAUAACGCGGGCAACAGGACAAGCCCUCAUGGUUUGAGACGGGGGUUGUCUUUUUUUUACUUUAUACUGUUAUUUUUAUUAAUUUUUAAUUUAAACCUGCUGACCUGCACACCUUCUCCUCAGCUGAGGGGUUCGACUCUGGUGCCACUGGGGUCCAGGGGCUGAACCCCAUGUGGUCAGUCCCAUGGGCCUGGAUGUUUGCCCUGCCUUGUGGGGUAGCUUCCGGAGCUCACCCCAGCCCAUCAGGACUCCCUAACCUCAGAGCCAAGCCAGCCCCUUGGAAGCCUUCCAGGGCCUCUGGGCUGUCAUCCUAGGGCCGCUGCCUCCCUCUGAGUAGGAACAGAAUAAAUGUUUGUAUGAACUUUA